AUGCCAAACAGUAACCAGCCAAAGACUAGUUCUACUACCCUUAACCCCACCACCAACAAUAAAAAGCUCAAACAGGACAUACUAGAUGAACAAUAUGUAAGGAAAUCCAUGAGUUUGAGUAAAAUACCCAGUACAAGACAAGAAAGCGAGGAAUUGAGAUUUUAUAAACAUCGUAUAUCCAGGUUCAGAAUAACACAUACCAAAUACAUCAUUUUAUUAUUUUUUUUGGGCCUAUUGCAAUUUAUUUCCAUUUGCUUUUUUGCAAAAGGGUUUCUUUUAACAAGACAUGUGAUCGACGAUGUCUCUAACUUAGAAACCGUUUUAAAACCACCGACUUUCGAUAAAGCUGUUGUACUAAUUAUAGAUGCAUUAAGAUAUGAUUUUGUAGUACCCGUAGAACCAAAACAAUGCUUAUACCCUUGGCAAAAUAAGUUUACUGCAUUAUAUAAUACCGAUAACUCCUUUUUAUUCAAGUUUAUGGCUGAUCCACCAACAACCACACUACAAAGAUUAAAGGGGCUAACAACUGGCUCUUUGCCAACUUUUAUUGAUGCAGGGUCUAAUUUUAAUGGUGAAAUCAUAACAGAAGAUAAUCUAAUUAAACAAUUAUAUCUUAAUGACAAGCGUGUUUUAUUUACUGGUGAUGAUACCUGGGAUGCCCUUUUCAAUCCCUAUCUAUUAGAUAAAAGUCAAUUUUUUGAAUCCUUAAAUGUCUGGGACUUGCAAACCGUUGAUAGAGGCGUCAUGGACUUUUUUAACGAAUAUUUGUUCCAAAAACAGAAAAAUGAUGAAUGGGAUGUUUUGAUAGGUCAUAUGUUGGGUGUCGAUCAUGUAGGACAUAAGCACGGUCCUAAUCACUAUGAAAUGAGCAAUAAGUUACAAGAGAUGAACGACUUUGUGGCAAACCGGCUCAUACCAUCCAUAGAUGAAAAUACAGUUUUGUUUAUCAUGGGCGAUCAUGGGAUGGAUCAUACAGGCAACCAUGGUGGGGAUUCUCAGGACGAAUUGGAAAGUACCCUAUUUAUAUACUCUCCCAAUAAAAUAUUUUCGUCAUCAAACAAUGCCCAUAAUAACCACCGUCAAACAGUCACGGUCGACCAAAUAGAUUUGGUACCAACUUUUGCCCACUUAUUGGGGUUACCAAUUCCAUUUAAUAAUUUGGGCUGGCCAAUCAAAGAGGUUGUAGAUGUUGAAGUAGCCAAUAAACAAACAUUAGACCAGCUUUAUACCUACCAAAAUGUUAGCAAAGUUAUUUCUAAUAAGGAUGUUUUAACCAAGUUAACCCAAUACUACAAGCUAAGUGACGGUAUCAAUUAUCAAAAACUUUUCUUGAAAAAUUGCAAAGAAAAAUGGGCUAAAUUCGAUUUGGUCAGUGUUGGUAUUGGUAUUGGUAUUUUAGCCGUGUCCUUGGUGCUAAUUAUUGUCAUAACAAAGUUAAUUCCAUCAAUUGUUGUUGGCCAAAUGUGUCACGAAUUUGUUCCAUCUAUAUUUUUAAUGUGUAUCAUUAGUAUUGUCAGUCUAAAUUCAAUUUUCCAAAUCUUACAACAACCAAGUUUUUUAGAUAAUUGGGUUUGGUGUACACUAUUUGCGUUGGUCAUUGGUAUUGUUGUUGGGUGCUGUAUUCCGAUAUUUGAUAGAUAUAACUUGAAAUGGAUGUUCGUGAAAUUUGCCGAAGAUUUGAACGAUUAUUGGUCCAGAGUUGGUGCUGUUAUGAUUACUCUACACGCUCUUUGUUUUACAUCUAAUUCCUUCACAAUCUGGGAAGAUAGAAUUGUGGCAUUUCUUCUAACCACUGUUGGGUUCUUAAGUUUAUACGAGUUUACAUUUGCCCCAAAAAGAGCCUCAACAAACGCUUUAUUGUCUGCAUCGAAUCCUGAACAACAAACUUCAAGAAAAGAAAUGGAAAUGACUACCACCGAUAUUAAUUCUGCUGAUGUUCAGUCAAACCGUUUAAAUACGUACAAUAACAAGCUUGCAAACAUAUCGCACGUUGAUUCUAAAAUUCAUGAUAAUAAUAAUAAUGAUCAAAUAACUAUUUCAAAAUCAGAUACCCUACCCUUGGGCAAGUUUGCUAGAAUCAUAGGCGCUUAUCAUUCUUUAAUAAUAAUCUUGGCCACUAGGUUGGCAUCGACUAUAACCGUUUGUCGAGAAGAACAAGGCCUACAAUGCAAGCCAACUUUUCUUAAUGCAAAUAACUAUUCGUGGUGGUGUUUAUUUUUAUGCUUCUUGCUAAUUUGGUUUCUACCAAACUGCAUCAAGGGCUACUACAAUGUAUCUAGCUCCUAUCAAGCGGCUGCACCCAUUUGGAUUGGCCAAUUUUUAAAAAGCGCAUUAUUUUUAAACUUUGUAUACUGGGGCAUAUAUUGGUACGAAAAUAAUGUAGGACCAAUUCCUUUUGAUAUAACUGUCUGGAAGUUCACUUUAAGUAGAAUUAUAGUAGGUCUUUCCAUCAUAGCGCUAAAUAUUGGCUGGGCUAUGGGACCAACAUGUAUCAAAUUAGACAUCAAAAACACAGAUUUGAAGAGUCCCCAAGCUACCAUAUUGGGAUAUUCUAAUGUCUAUGGUUCCCAAUUCUUUUUGCUAGUUAUUAAUUUUCUAAUAUGCGUUUUUUUAUUCAACAAACCUCUAGCACAGUUAUCUUUAUUUUUGAUGGUCAACCAGCUGUUAAGCAUUUUGGAAAUUUUUGAUCUUUUGAAAUUAAAGGAAAAUUUGGUAGGACCUGUUGCUUUAGGAUUAGUAAGUUAUCAAAACUUUUUCACUACAGGCCACCAAGCUACAAUCCCUUCUAUACAAUGGGAUAUGGGCUUUAUUUUAACUGAAAAAGUAUCUUUUCCAUUCACACAUUUGGGCUUAAUAAUGAAUACAUUUGGUCCAUUCAUACUUGUAAGUAUUAGCAUUGCGUUAUUGACAUUAUGGAAGCAGCCACCAGGGGUAUUAAAACCACAAACUUUAUUAGCAAGAAUCGUAUCAAACUGUGGAAUGUUGUUAAUCUACAAUACUGUUUUGUGUUUGAGUAGUUUUGCUUGGGUUACUCACUUUAGAAGACAUUUAAUGGUUUGGAAAAUUUUCUGCCCCAGAUUUAUGUUUGCAUGUGUGUGUUUGAUUAUUACACAGUUUGUGAUAAUAUUCAUCACUGUCGGGUUUGCUUCAGGGAGAGUUAUUAGACAAGUUAACAACAUUUUCUGGAAAUGA